GUGAAAGAGAAAGUAAAAGUAUAAAGCGCUUAUUCACUCUCACUCGACGGCCUGUCGACAUUUCACUCGACAUCUCUCUGUUAAUGUGUGCACGCUGAGUUUGUUGAGUCGCUCAAGUGUGUAUUUGUGUUGUUGUGAAGAUGUCUCGAGGUUCAAACGCGGGAUUUGAUCGCCACAUCACGAUCUUUUCUCCUGAGGGAAGACUCUAUCAAGUCGAAUACGCGUUUAAAGCGAUCAGUCAGAGUGGAUUGACGUCUGUGGGCAUCAGAGGACCAGACUGCGCUGUGCUCGUCACACAGAAGAAAGUGCCGGAUACACUUCUGGAUGCAUCAACAGUUACAAACAUGUUCAAACUCACUCCACGCAUCGGCUGUGUCAUGACAGGACAUUACGCGGACAGUCGCUCUCAGGUUCAUCGGGCUCGUGUGGAAGCAGCUGAGUGGAAGUAUAAGUUUGGUUAUGACAUCACAGCAGACAUGUUGUGUCGACGCAUGGCAGACAUCUCACAGGUUUACACACAGAACGCAGAGAUGAGACCUCUGGGCUGCUGUAUGAUGUUCAUCGCUAUGGAUCCUCAGCUGGGGCCGAUGCUCUAUAAAUGUGACCCUGCUGGGUAUUUCUGUGGCUUCCGGGCGACAUGUGUUGGGGUGAAACACACAGAGGGCAACAGUUACCUGGAGAAAAAACUCAAAAAACAGCCUGAGCUCACCUACGACAGGACCGUAGAGAUGGCGAUCACGUGUCUGUCUUCCAUUUUUGCCAUGGACAUCAAAUGCAGUGAGCUUGAGGUGGGAGUUGUGACCAAAGAAAACCCCAAAUUCAGGUCUUUAUCAGAAGCAGAAAUCGAGCGUCAUCUGGUUGCGAUCGCUGAGAGGGAAUAGUUUGUCAGGUUAACAAACACACAAUUCUACAUUCACAUUCCUGAAGCGUGUGUAUGUCAGUUUAAAACAUUGAGAUUUUCUUUUGUGUCUGUUACUUGAUGUUAAUGACAAACCUGAUGUAUAAACCAGCAAACCACCAAUUUAUCAAAUAAAAGAAUCUUAUAAAAUA